CCUCAGGAAAGCCAGCUCAAGAAUUGGCCUUUCUAGUGUGGAGGGCCUGCAUUGCACACCCGCGGAGUCACUCUACUCUCUAUUGUCCUUCGGGACCAUAGGGGGCGGAAUUUUUGAUUUAUCACCAUCUUUCAUUGUGAUCUGCUGCUUGCGGCGGGCAUGAAGAAGGAAUAUGUGAAAUUUGCUAUGAAAUUGUAAAUGCGGUUGCUCUUGCAUCUGACAUCUACCGCGCUUGCUGGCUGGUUCCUGUUGGGAAUUAGGAAGGGUGUCAGAAUCAUUAUGGUAUGUCACAGCGACAUACCACAAGAAGGACCUCACCAGUUGGGUCACGGUGAGACGCACCGGUUCUGGGUUGGUCGCCUGGUGUUGCUAUUGGUUUUUGGCGUAUGUAUAGCUCAGCAGGAGCUUCAAUGGCAUUUCCAUGUUUGGACAAUGCGUAUUUUCAUGCUGGCCUUUGCCGAUAGGUCAACCCCUGCCCGCGAGUCGAUAUUCGUCACUUGAUAUCACACUGUGUGUACCAUGCCGAGGGAACACAAGAAAACUCGGGACGUAUACCAUGGGUGACAAAUAUAUUAGGCCAAUUUAGCAGAGGCUUAAACGAGUCUUUGGAUUGGUGAAUUUUGGCAUCACAGGUCAAGGCUUGAAGUUUUCUUGCUCCCUGAUGUUGUGUUACCUCUGGUGCAACUUUCCCCACUUCCAUAGGUGCGAGUCUUUGAGGCUAAGGUUUCGUCACGACGGGGCCAGGGGGGCAGCGAGGGUCUGCCAGUUCAGAGGAAGGAAGUCACCUUUGGCUGUCGGUGCAUGCUUCGCGUUGAAUGCCACCAUUUACCAAAGACUCGAGCUGUCGAGUUCGAAGAAAACGGUCACAGGAAAAUGGAAGAUACCUACCUAGGCGGCGCUCUGUAAAACGGAUAUUUGUAUUUGCAGCAGUUCAGCGUUGCACUCGGAUCUUAUACAUACACAGGCCAUUUCCAUGCCCUGGUCAGCCAAGCAUGGGUGCGAAUACGGGCAGCAUCGCGAGACAGACACGACACGAUAGUGAUGGAAACUUGUUGCACAUAUCCGUAGAUAUCCUGAACAGACCGUGGGACGAGGACGUCGGCGUCUCUGGGAAGGCCCGUCUUUGAAUGUACGUGUUUGGUUCCUGUUGAGGUGCUCUAGAGGAUUGUAAGAAGGCAUAAAACUCAUGGGUUCUCGAUAGGUGUUUUCAGACAAGUUUAGUGUGAUUAAAACAGAUACUCUCUUGUUCACGCCCUUCAUUGAUUGUAAGGAGUCUUUUUGCAUCUCGGGCUUCCUGUUUAAAUGUUACCUUUUACAAAAUGCAACGCAAUCGUCGCUCCUUGCACCAAGCAAUUUGCACGA